AUGGAUCAUCGUCUAUCCGAUGAAUUACAACAGUCAAAGCGCUCUCUUAAGAGAUCAAAAUCAGAAGCAGUGCGUCAAAAGAGGCCUGCUAAGACUUCUUCUCACCCUCAGUUUGAAAAUAAUUCAGCUACAAUCAAUUCAAAUCACUCCCGAAAACGCCCAUCCUCCAAAUCUAAAAUCACAUGUCCCCCUGGCCUAGUGACAGCGUCUUUCGAUAGGGAUAAAUUUUCCUCUUCAUCUAGCUAUGACCGACUUCCUUGUGGAGAAGUUAAUAGUCCAGGUUCUGGGACAGAGUCAAGUUGCUCAGCUCCCUCAAAGUUGGUCGAAAAUGCAUCUAGUGUUCUUCCAGAGAGAAAUUUGUUCGAAAAUCUGGAAAAGGAUUUCGCCCCUUCUGCCUCCAAAAUACGACGUGUUGGUAAUUACAAUCCCUCACAAAAUCGCCCCAUGAGCUCCCUCUUAAAUGAUCAUCCGCAAUUCUAUCCGUCUAGUCCAGCAUCUCCCAAUAUUGAUCAGAAGGAGGCCACAUAUGUCCCGCCUAAUGUACAUUCCAGUCGUAAACAAGUUUCAAUCAAAACUGACAAUCAAGAUGAUCACCCAGCAGACUGUGUGAGUUCAAGGCAACCACCACAACAACAAACUCCAAAUGAUUCCCAAUACCAUGGAAAAAUGCGAUCACAGUUUGAUUCCUUCCCUCCAACGUCUUUCAACAACAAGCAACGCAAUCACCAUCUUCAUCGAUUACCUCAACGUUGCCAAAAUUCUCCGGAAACGAAUUCAGUAGAAACGGUUGAUCUAGUGUCCGAUGAUGGCAGUCAUGAGUCAGAUUAUGAGAUUUCGAACUUCUAUAUUCCCACAGACAAGUCUAUCUCAUAUCAUAGUGCUCAAGCUAAUCAGUAUUCGCUGGGUCGACAACAGACUUUAAGAUCUACUUCUAUUUUGAGAAAUGGGUUCAAGAGCGCACAAGAUUGCACCCAUCUAUCAAAAAUUGACAAUACCUGGGACCCCCCAAAUUUAACUUCCAGUUCAGAUUUUUGGAAUUCUAGAAAUUAUAUUUCUGGACGGGAAAGUGGCGGUUACUAUGAUAAUUUUGAAUCUAUGAGGUCUAGCCAGGCAGACAAGAGGGGUAGUUAUGCGAUGCACAAUCAAUCUUUACGCAAUUCUUCCAUAUUGGAACAAACAUCAAAGAGUAUGGUGCUUGGCCAAUCGCAGCGACAAAAUGAUAUUGAAAUCAACUUGCUCAAACAGUGCGGUUGUGUUGAAAUGGGCGAUAUACGAUGCAAGAACAAUAUAUUCUGUCAGGCUCUCGGAGAAUUCCCGACUACGAAUUCAACGAUUACCUCAGCCAUCAACAUCGGUGGUAUCAAAUCCACAUCCCUCCACUUCUGCAUCCAUUACCUCAUCUGUUGCAGCAGCAAAGCCAAUCCAGUCCCCCAGUGCCUAUCCUCUGGUGUUUCCCUGAACUCUAGUACUCGACGUGUCCCUAUCUCCAAUGGCAGUGUAGUGGGCAGCAGUAGUCGACAACAACAACAACAACAAAAGCCCACAAUCGUUCAUCGUUUACACAAUAUCCCCAACCUCCUUCAACGCACCAGUGCCGCCAGCAGUAACACUGCCGUUGUCUGGGGACAAGAUGGUUCGCUGCCUUCUUUCAUCCAUUCUUCGGCUUCUGCCCAAGUCUCCUCACUUCCUCCGCCAAGUGGAUUUCCUCCUGGUUCUUCAUCCUCCUCAAAUUCCUCUACCUUGACGAAAGUUGCAAGGAAGACGCCGCACAUUGAGCUCAGCGCAGGAGCUCCUGAAGUACAGGUAUGCCGCUAUUUAUAA